GUAGGCUAUGCAGGACGGCGAUUGAUUGGCGAUUGAUUGGGACAACAAGAGAGCCACAGGUGUCGUCAAUCAAGAGACGGGCAAGUGUGCGUGUAAAUAAAAGCAGCUUGUCGGGUCCCGAUUGCAGCCCCGGUUUCUCCUCGGAUCCAGCGGAAAAGAUGUCUGGUCGUGGAAAGAAAGCUGCCCCCAAACCCAAAUCCGCCGUUUCCCAGUCGACGAGAGCAGGCCUAACCUUCCCAGUAGCCCGCAUCCACAGGCUGCUCAAGAAGGGCAACUACAGCCAGCGAGUGGGCAGCAGCGCCGCAGUCUACUUUUCGGCCGUGCUGGAGUACCUCUGCGCCGAAAUCCUGGAGCUGGCGGGCAACGCCAGCCGAGACAACAAGAAGCGGCGCAUCACUCCUCGCCACAUCUUGUUGGCGGUGAGAAAUGACGAGGAGCUCAACAAACUGCUGUCCGGGGUCACCGUCUCUGAAGGCGGCGUGAUCCCCAAUAUCCAAGGGGCGCUCCUUCCCAAGAAGACCGCGGUCCGCAGAGAGGAGGUGGCUGUUCAAGAUGUUCAGUCGCAAGAGUUUUAAUUUCUUUGUUUUUACAAAUCUAUAAUUUAUUUUAAUACAAUAAAAAUGUUUCUAAUUCA